CGGAGCCGGCGCAGAUGAGGCGGCUCGGCUGGGGCCAGCGGCGCUUCGGAACCCGAGCUGGAGGGACCCUGGCGGUGGGGCCUGUCCCUGCUCUAUGCCGGCGCCUCGGCUAGAGUGAGCGGCGGCAGCGGCGGCGACGCCUCUUUCCUCCGGCCGGUUCCCUGUGGCUGUGAGUCCGAGCGGGUGGCCGGCGGCGGGGUCGGGAUGGAGGACGUUAACUCCAACGUGAACGCGGACCAGGAGGUGCGGAAGCUGCAGGAGCUGGUGAAGAAGCUGGAGAAGCAGAACGAGCAGCUGAGGAGCCGCUCGGGGGCCGUGCAGGGCGCAGGCCCCCUUGGGCCCGGCAGUCCGGUUCGGGCCGGCGUGUCCACUCCCUCCUCUGGCUCGGCGUCCCCUCGGGGCUUCCCUUUGGGCCUCAGCACCAAGUCGGGCAGCGGGGCCGGAUCGGGCCCGAGACGGACGAGUAGUGAGGAGCUGCGGGACGCGACCUCCUUGCUGGCAUCUGGCGAGGGCGGCUUGCUGGACGAGGUGGAGCCGCUGCGGCCCGACGAACUGGAGCGCCUGUCAGGCUGGGAGGAGGAGGAGGAGAGCUGGCUGUAUUCAUCACCAAAGAAAAAACUUACACCAAUGCAGAAAUCGGUUAGUCCAUUAGUAUGGUGCAGGCAAGUUUUGGAUUACCCAAGUCCUGAUGUUGAAUGUGCUAAAAAGUCUCUUAUCCACAAACUUGAUCAAACUAUGUCAGCUCUCAAGAGACAGAAUUUAUAUAAUAAUCCUUUCAACUCUAUGAGUUACUCAAGUCCUUACAGUCCAAAUGCCAGUAGCCCAUACAGCAGUGGCUUCAAUUCUCCAUCCUCAACCCCAGUGCGACCUCCUAUAGUCAAACAACUUAUACUUCCUGGAAAUUCAGGUAACUUCAAAAGUUCAUCAGACAGAAAUCCUCCGCUCAGUCCUCAAUCCUCUAUAGAUAGUGAGUUAAGUGCUUCAGAAUUAGAUGAAGAUUCAAUUGGAUCCAAUUAUAAGUUAAAUGAUGUAACUGAUGUGCAGAUUCUAGCCCGGAUGCAGGAAGAAAGUCUCCGGCAGGAAUAUGCAGCCACCACUUCUCGGCGCAGUUCUGGUUCAUCUUGCAAUUCUACAAGACGGGGUACUUUUAGUGAUCAGGAACUUGAUGCACAAAGUUUAGAUGAUGAAGAUGACAAUAUGCAUCAUGCAGUAUACCCUGCUGUUAACAGGUUUUCACCAUCACCACGCAAUUCACCUCGACCAUCACCUAAGCAGUCGCCCAGAAAUUCACCUCGUUCACGAUCUCCUGCUCGGGGAAUAGAAUAUAGUAGAGUGUCCCCACAGCCUAUGAUUAGCCGCUUACAGCAGCCGCGCCUUUCACUUCAAGGCCAUCCCACAGAUUUACAGACAAGCAAUGUUAAAAAUGAAGAAAAACUAAGGCGCAGUCUUCCAAACCUGUCCCGUACAUCUAAUACACAAGUUGACUCAGUGAAAAGCAGCAGAAGUGACUCAAAUUUUCAAGUGCCAAAUGGAGGAAUACCUCGCAUGCAACCUCAGGCUUCAGCCACUUCGCAAAGGCUGAAAAAUUUGCCUCGUACUUCCCUCAAAGCCAAACAGUUGCUUCAAACUUCAUCUACAAAAAGAGUACCUUCUCCAGGCAAAUUCCGCUCCCCUGCAGCACCAUCUCCUUUGGCUCUUCGGCAACCAGUGAAAGCAUUUAGUAACCAUGGUUCUCCUGGUAGCCAAGAAACAACACAGUUCACACAAACCACCUCCUCACCUGGGCCUCCUAUGGUUCAAAAUACAGUUCCAGCAAAUCCUCCCAGCAAUAUCAACAGCACUACGUUAACCAGACCUGCAGGGACAACGGCAAUGAGAAGUGGAUUGCCCAGACCCAGUGCCCCUUCUGCUGGGGGUAUACCAGUGCCUCGCAGCAAACUUGCACAGCCCGUUCGCAGAUCCUUGCCAGCUCCUAAAACCUAUGGUAGCAUGAAAGAUGACAGUUGGAAAGAUGGCUGUUAUUGACCAGCAAAGACAAGAAUGCAGAGAUCCACGGUUUCAUGGAUACCCCUUCACCAAGCUAAUAAACAACUUUUAUAUGCAGACUGUUCCGAUAAGACUCUUGGGAUUUAUAAAAUCCCAGCCCUCUCUGUCUUAUUAGCACAAACCGACAGAGAUGAUCAAGCAGCACUUUAAUGACAUUUAACAUCUGAUGUGUUUGGUAAUCAUACAAUCACUCUACAUGGAAUCACUUUUAGUUUUGUUUAAUAGAACCUUGGUUGAUUUUUAAAUAUUUGUCAAAGGCCAAUAUCUGGGCAAAUACCUAAUGGAUGCCAAAGAGAAAUGCCCAUUUGUAAAUGAGAGAGUACCUUUGUGCAUAAGAAAAUGGUGAAUUUAGGCUACCUAAAACUUCGCAUUCAACCUAAUUUACUGUAUAAAUGGUAUCAAUAAAUAUUUGUGUUAAUGAGAACUAAUAUUCUGACUAAUUAUCUAAAGUGAUUGAAUUCUCCAUAAAACGAGGUUAAGAUUUGGGGUUGGGAGGAGAAUGGGAGGAAGAAAUCCAGACUAGAGAUUAAAAUAUGGUACAUACACUUAAAAGAAUCUAUGGAUUAUUUUUUUCAGAUUUAUUGGAAAAAUUUUUUAAUCUUAAAUUUUGGACAUAGCUCACAUCAGCACCACCAGAUAGUGUUACAGUGUGCAUCCAUCAUGUUGCAUUGACACAUCAGACUUAUCUGUGUUUGUUUUGAUUGCCAAAAGGGCUCAAUAUCAGUUGUACAAUCUUUCUAAACUUUAUACUUCCUGGCUCAGGAAGAUGGCCUUUGCUACUGAAGCCAACUUCUUCACAUGCUGUUAUCUGUCACAGAAUUAAGAUAUCUCAUUUAUAUCGGCAGGUUUUCCAUGAUGGGAAAGAACAAGUGUGUGUCUUUAUUCUUGAUACAGCACCUCAGUGCUUACAACCUGGAACAAAACCAUACAGUGAGAGAGGGGGAAAAAAAUCUAUGCACUUAACCUACAAAGUCUCUGGUGGUGACGGUUGAAUUAUUGCUAUUAAAUGGCAUAACUGUCUAUUAUGUGGUAGGAAAUAUAGCCUGCUAAAUCCUACUUAGGUUGAUUCACUUUAUACUGGGUAACUGUAUAAAAUCUUUUGAAAAUACUGUCCCUUUUGACUUAAAUUCUGCCUUACAUCAAUUUUUGCAUUUUUGGUAACAAACCUACUGUACCUGACUCUAAUCUGUUAAAUAAAUACUUGCUUUCUAAUGGCUCUUAUAUACCAUCCUUGAAAUCACCUGUUUUUGUUUUAUCAGAUUAUUACCAAACUAAAACUUCUUCUGUAGCAGACUUCUCAUUUUUGACAUCAGGUCUGUUUUUAAGUACUUAAACAGCUCUAAAAUAUUGGCAGUUGGGUCACCUAAAAGAUUUUAGAGAUUUAAUCAUAAGUUUAUUUCCUAUUAAAGACAUUCUAUAAGUUGGCAAAGGAAAUUGAGAGAGAAAUGGAAGACAAUAUUCAGAACAGCAUUGAGGUUGAUAGGUUAAAAGAGUAAUAAAACCAAGACUCCCAUAUUGCUGUGACUGACACCUAAUAGCUUGACCAUUAGGAAGGCAUUGGGUUAGCACAAGCAGCUGCAGAUUUAAACUGCCAGUAUGGCGUAUAUUGCAAGGAAGAAAUUGUAUCCUUGAAUUGAAGGUGAUGGGGUGGGUCUGGGAAGAAUGAUGCCAGAAUUCUACAUGCUAAUGAACUGGAAAAUGUUGCUUUUUCAGAGGAAAAUAAAGCAUCUGCUUUGGUGAGGGGGGUUAUCUCAUGUAAAUCUAAGUAAAUAAAGAAUUAGCCACUGUCUCAUUUAAAAAUACCAUCCAUAAAAAAAACAAAACAGGUCUCCAUUUUCAGUGCAACAUUUCAAAAAAUAUAUGCUGCAAUCUAAUAAUUAAAAGGAACUUUAACCCUGUUAUGAAACAUCCAUUACCUUUUUAGUUAGAUAAUCAGUUUCAAAAGGAAUAUUCAGGUUAUUUAACUUUGUUUUUAAAUGGCUGCAUCAGAAAAAAAAAAAAAAGUCUAUUUUUUUUUAAUUAAACAGUUUCAUCACUUGUUAAAAACAUAUUUUGGAUCUGAGUUUGGUAAAGUAUUAUUUUACCUGCUAUUGUACUACCACAGAUUUUUGGCUUUUAGUUUCCUAAAGAGAAAAAAAAAAUGCCUUUUUACUAGAGAGCCUUUGUGUAUUGCCAGUUUUUCUGUUUGGGAAAAUCUAAGGAUUUACUGUGGUUAGUCUUACAGAAGAAAUGUGGAUUUGAUAAACUAGUGCCUAUGAUUUUAACUUAUGUUUGAUAUAUAGUAGUAAGGGUUUAUGAAUGUUGAUUAUUUUGUGCCAACAUCCCAGAAUUGUCAUUUAUAUGUAAGCAGAAAGCUAUGAACUCUGCUUCCAAAGUUAUUUAAUUUUCUCAGUGUUUGAAUGUUAUUUUUUGUAAGUGUGUUAAUAAAAGUGUAAAGAAUUGGAAAAAAAUAUAAAUAUUCUUAACUCGAGCAUUUGCUGGAUCAUUUUUCUAUAAAACUUGUUUGUAUAAUAUAAAACGCUCUCUGAAGAGUUGACUUUUUUCAGUUUUCAUACCCUGGAAAUCACAUUUUGUAAAACUGGGGACCAUUCAUAAUUGUCAGAUACUUUUUAAAAUUAUUUCAAAACAUCACUUUUAUAGAAAAAAAAAGUUUUUUUGAAAGAAAAUGAGAUACAUAUGUGGCCCCAGAUGUUUGUAUAACUCUAGGAUGAUCUAGACUAUGUAUGUUUAAAUUAACUUUCUAUUGACUGUACAGGUGUCCAUUUUUGACAUUACGCAUGGUCCUUUUAGAUCACAUGAAGUUUGAUUUGCAAACAUUUCUAUAGCUGAACUUGUAUGUGUGGUUGCUCCUUAAUAAACAGCCUGACCAUAAUGUUUAUUAUUAAAUUUA